AUGUCUCGUUACGCCGCAGCCCAUCAGAACCCCCAAGGCCCGGGUGACGCCCGCCCCACGGCCCUCCAAAUCAUCGAAGAUGAAAACCUCGUCGGAAAGCUGGCUGGCAAAACAGUCUUCGUCACCGGCGCGAACCAAGGCAUUGGAUUGGACACUGCUCGUGCCCUCUACGCUACCGGCGCCGAUGUCUUCCUAGGCGUUCGGAGCAACGAGAAGGGCGAUAAGGCCAUCGCCGACAUCACGAACACCCCAAACCUCUCCGCUAAGGGGUCGCUUCAGGCUGUCGUCCUUUCGCUCGACUCUCUGGACUCCGUGCGCAAAGGCGCCGAGAGUUUCUUGGCCAAGAGCGGAGGCAAGCUCAACAUCCUCAUUAACAACGCCGGCGUCAUCCAGAACGAGAAGACCAAGACCGUUGACGGAUUCGAGUCGCACUUUGGGACGAAUCACGUUGGGCAUUUUCUUCUCUUCCAGCUGCUGCGACCCGCGCUGCUGGCUUCAGCCACUCCGGAGUUCAACUCCCGCGUCGUGGCCGUCUCAUCGAUGGCUCACCGCGCGAGCGAAAUCCGGUUCCACGACUUCAAUUUUGAGGAAGAGGGUUCCUUUGAGCAGUCAGUGGCCUACGGACACUCCAAGACGGCCAACAUUUAUUUUUCCAAUGAAAUCGAGAGGCGCUUCGGCUCCCAGGGCCUCCACUCGCUCUCUCUGCAUCCCGGAUCCAUCAUGACGAACAUGUCCGCCGCGCAGCCCGUCGAUGUGGAAGCGGCGAAGGCGGCAAUGGGUGAGGAACUGUUCAACAAGAUGAUGAGUAUCCUCAAGAGUCCAGCCCAGGGGGCUUCCACCACGGUCUACGCCGCUGUGAGCAAGGAAUGGGAAGGGAGAGGUGGCAGGUAUCUGAGUGACUGUGUCGAAGCACACCCCACGUCCGCCGGCUACAACAUGAUGUCAACCGACACGGGUUUCGCACCAUGGGCCUACGACGAGAAGAAAGCUACGCUGCUGUGGCAGGAGUCUUGCAAGCUGGUCAGUGUAGAGGAAGAAUAUUGA